AUGCUUUAUCUUGUUGGGCUCGGUCUCGCGGAUGAGACAGAUAUCACUGUCAAAGGACUGGAAGUUGUGAAGCGCGCAGAAAGAGUCUACCUCGAGGCAUACACCAGCAUUCUUCACGUUGGGAAGGAAAAGUUGGAGUCAUUCUAUGGACGGCCCGUAAUCGUAGCCGACCGCGAGAUGGUCGAAUCCUCCAGCGACGAGAUCCUGGAAGGGGCCGACAAGGCCGACAUUGCUUUUCUGGUUGUCGGCGAUCCUUUCGGGGCCACAACUCAUACUGAUCUUGUCCUUCGGGCUCAAGAGCUCUCUAUCCCCGUCAAGUCUAUUCCCAAUGCCUCGAUUCUCAAUGCCAUCGGUGCAACCGGUCUACAGCUCUACAACUUUGGCCAGACUGUCUCGAUGGUCUUCUUUACUGAGAACUGGAAACCCGCCAGCUUCUACGAUCGCAUCCGAGAAAAUGCCUCAAUUGGCCUGCACACCUUAAUGCUGCUAGAUAUCAAAGUCAAAGAGCAGUCACUUGAGAACAUGGCAAGGGGAAGAAAGGUAUACGAGCCUCCACGCUACAUGACUGUCAUGCAGUGUGCACAACAGAUGCUGGAAAUAGAGGAUGAGAAGAAGGAACAAGUCUAUGCGCAAGACAGUCUAGCUAUCGGCUGCGCACGAGUGGGUGCAGAUGACCAACAAUUUGCUUGCGGGACACUGAAGGAGCUGUGUGAUGUUGACUUGGGUCCUCCGCUGCAUAGCCUCGUGCUUCUCGGUAAAAGAGCGCAUGAGCUGGAGAAGGACUACAUCAAGAAGUUUGCGGUAAACGAAGAGACCUUUGAGCAGAGUUGGAAGAAGUACCAUGACAGGAACCAGUGA